AUGAACGGCGCCCUGGAAUGGACAAAUGUCAAGCAACACAGUAGAAUCCGGACGCUGAAAGCCUGGCUGCCCGCCGGUCCCCUCUGUCUUGCUCAGGACCCACUUUUUUCCCACCUCAUCCACGCCCUUGUCCACAACGCCUCAAACGCACUCGACCCCCUCACCCCUCCACCCCCCUGCUUCACCACCAAAACCCAGCCCGCGCAACCCACACAUAAAACCCCUCCACCUGCUCACAGCAAGUUCCUCAACCCGCUCGAGAUUGAACAGCAUGCUGACCAUUCUUUCCCCGUUCCAACCGGCCCGCCAAGCCCCCCGCAACGACUUUCUCGCAGUCUCUCCCUACUCAUGCGCAUCCUUGUCUCGCACAAGCCUCCGCCUCUCGCGCCCGGCGACCACUCCUAUAGCCCUGCACCCCCUCGCUCGCAAUCUCCUCCGCUUCAUCAGAUCGUCUUGCACAAGCCUCUGCCUCUCGCGCCCGGCGACCGCUCCCAAAGCCCCGCACCCCCUCGCUUGCAAUCUCCUCCGCUUCAGUCGCAUCUCCAGGGUUAUCGAUCUGACACUCCUGUUGUCUGUCUGGAUGCGGCUUGUUGGACCUAA